CGGCCAGAGCGCGAGGGUGUCAUGGCGGAGGUGCGGCGCAGCCGCGUGCGAGAUAAAUGAGCUUAUGCUGUUUCUCCAGGCCUGUUUCCACUGUAUAAUUUCAUCGCACGUGUUGUUCCGAGCUGGUGUUUGAAACCUAUUAAUGAGAUAUUAGCAAAAAUGAAUAACAAAGGAAGUCAUUUAUUAAAGACAGUGAGAUUCAUGCAUAGGUGCAAUUCUGUGCUGACAUUCACCUCUUCAACUACAGUGAGAGCACAUGCUUUAGGAAUUGGCAGAUACAAGGGUCCUGUGGAAAAUGCGAACUUCAGAAAAAUUUUUUUGAAUGUUUUUCGUUGUUUACAUGAAUCAUCUCUUAGACUUCUAUCUCAAAAGACAGAUGUUCUUACCACAGGUGCUAAAAUACAAAUAGAGAAGAGCACAGAAGCUUUGGUGAGUGAGCAGGCUCCCCAGAGCUCAUUGAAACUUCAAAAGUUGGAGGAUGAUUCUGGGAACCUGGAAGCGAGGCAAGAAGCAGGUCACACUGAACAGUUCUUUAAGAGCCUUCAGAAAUGCACCUGUCCAUGUGAUGUACUGGACUUGGCUUCAGAGUCUGCCGUUUCCACCAAGCAUUUCACAAACUGCUUAACUACAGUAUGGCGACUCUUCAAAAAGCUGUCUGAAGACCAGCAGCGUUACGAAAAGCGGCUGAUCUUCGAGCACCCAGCCUUUGUUCAGCUUUGCCAGCAGCUGCUGCGGGACUCCAGACGGAUGACGCGGGGGGACCUGGUGUUUAGCCUGCAUGCUGUGGUGAGCCUAGGUGUUCCUCAGAACACUCUCCUAGUCCAGACCUUGCUGAGAGUAUGUCAAGAGAAGAUCAAUCGACUUGAUAAUCGAUGUAUCUCAGUUUUGGCAAGUAGUUUAGCAGGGCUGGAUAAGGACAACAAUGUGAGCGCUCUUCAAGCUGGAUUACGAUUACUAGUAGAGCAGAGAAUCCCAGAUAUCAGAGACAUCUUUAUACUGCAAAACUUGAUGAGAUGCAUGGGAAAAGAUGCUCCAGUCUUUCUGAAAAAGAAAUUAGAGAUGGCUGUUUUGAAAGAGGUAGACCAUCUGACUUUCCUGAAUGCUCAGCGUGUGUUUUUGGCUCUUGUUGCAAUGAAUUACUGUUCCAUUCCAAUCCUGAAUGCCUGCAGUGAAAAGAUUCUGGAGAAUAUCCAUGAUGCUCCAUUUCGACAGUUAAUUCUUAUUCUGGAAGCUUGUCACAAUCUCCAGUACUGUAAUGUAAAACUGUUUUCAGCAGUAGCAAACUAUGUGACUUCCACUGUCUGCCUUUGGGACAAAAGACAGAUUAUCCUUUUUCUCUCUGCCUUCGAGAUGCUUGGUUUUCAGCCUAGUGAACUGAUGGAUAUUUUUGCUGAGAAGGUGAUAGAAGACCCUGAAUUUCUGAACUUGAAAUAUCUUUUGGUUAUUCUCCGAGUUUAUUCACGACUCAACUAUGUUCCCAGAGGCCAGAAGCAUCUGUUUUUUGAGACUCUUCAUAGCUGCUUGAAUAAGUACCUCUCCCAUAUUUCCAACACGGAACUGCUGAAAGCAGUGUAUUCACUUUGCAUUUUAGGAUAUCUUCCUCAUCUUGCACUUGAUCAGCUGCUGCAAAAGGACAACCUUGAUGAACUUCUACAAUCAGAUGAUCUUUACAAAGAACAAAAGGAAAGGAUGCUUCAGUGUGUGAAAGCGUGUGUGGAACUUGAUAGCCCUUCCUUCACAAAGCCCGCAUUUGUGCUAGCUGAAAACUUCUCCUCAUUAGUAUCUCUUAAUCUCAGAAAGGCUCGGGAGGCCCUUCUAGAACUUCUGGGAGAUGAGAACAUGUUUCGGCAAAAUGUUCACCUGCCACAUAAAUACCAUAUUGAUUUUGAAAUCAGAGUGGAUUCAGAGAGAAAGAAAGUGCUCCCAGUAACUGCAACAGAUGAUCAUGCUGACUCAAGUGUUGAAAGGUUGGCUUUUCUCUUUGUUCCUCUCUCUGCUUUCUGUGUGGGUACGACACAUCCCCAAGGGAAGCUGGCAGUGAAGAAGCGGCAUCUAAAUAAACUGGGCUAUCAUGUGAUUGUGGUCAUGAACAAGAAGUUUAAGGAAAUGACAAACAAAGAUGCAGUUGAGUUUCUGAAGGGAAAAAUUUAUUCAAGAAAUGCUUUCCCUUUUUCUGAAGGGAAUGUGCAGAAUAAUAAUUAAAAUAAACUAACAAUUUUGA